UGUUUUUACACUAGCUUGACACCUGUGUUCAGCGAAGCGUAUCGCCACGAUCAGGUAACCAGAGGGCUUUCCUAUAUCUCCUAGAUCCUCUAAGUGGACUGUUAAAGCUGAUGUUCUGUUUAGUAACUCUGUGAUUGUGUGUGGAAAUACCGGAAUUCUUUAUUUUGGAUUUUAUUACGACUGUAUGGAUGUUACAGAGCCCAAUAUCUGUUAUUACCUGUAAUUAGUGGGAAUAACAUACCGGUAACAGCGCGUGUCGUAUGGUCCUGUAUGUACACAACAGGGCACAUGGCACACAUUUACAGAAUACUGCUGCCUCUUUGUGUGGGUAUCCUGUUCCUGGGAUUCGUGUGCUGCCAGUCUGCCAAACCAUCUACCAAAGUACUGUAUUUGAGAUUACGAGACGGCUCCGACCCAACCAACGGUCGCGUGGAGAUUUCCAAGGACAACGUUACAUGGGGGACGGUGUGUGACGACUUCUGGGACGGCGCGGCGGCCGACGUCGUGUGUCGCCAGUUGGGCUUAAAAUGGGGCAUGGCCCACCCUCUUGCCCACUUCGGCCCCGGACCGGCGGAACUGCCAAUAGUCUUGGACGAGGUGAUAUGUGAUGGAUCGGAGGAGUCACUGCUGGACUGUCGGACCAACCCCUGGGGCCAGAAUAACUGUAAUCACCAGGAGGACGCAGGCGUCUCGUGCUACAGAGAUAAGGUUCGUCUGACCAAUGCCAAACUCCAGCCUAAUGUUGGGUCUGUGGAAAUUUUUUCGGACCACCGCUGGGCAGAGGUAUGUAGUGACCAGUCCUGGGAUAAUACAGACGCAGGCGUGGUGUGUCGUCAACUGGGAUACACCUCCGGCCGAGCUCUGUCAAACGUGUCGAAAGACUCGGCCGAGUACGAAAUCUGGAUCCUUUACAAGAAGGCCUACUACAACUUCACUUGUCUUGGCAACGAGACGACGCUGAUGAACUGUAACAGGAAGCGAUUCUCGUCGUCAACCUGUCAUCACAACUUCAUGGCAGGGGUCAUCUGUUACGACACCCCACUCGAUAUGGUCAACAACACGUUUGACAUCAGGUUAUCGAGCGGCCAUUACGGUACAGUAGAGGUGCACCACCUAGGAGUAUGGGGCCACGUAUGUUACAAUGACUGGGGAUCAAUAGAGGCGUCACUUGCCUGCACCCAUAAAGGCUAUGCGGGCGGAGUAAUGUACGGAACCAAUAUUACAGUAGACAAGAUCGGCUGGAUGCAACACCGUCAUUGUGACGUCAGCGACACGUCAUUGGAAGCAUGCCUCGAAGAUGAACAAGGCGUGUGGACACCAGUGUUUAACUGUAGGGCUGCAUCCGUCCUUUGCUACAAGCACUCAGCUCCCGAGAUCAGCAUUACAGACAAACAUAUCGGACGUGUGGACAUCACCUAUGACGGCCAGAUUGGAACUAUAUGUGGUACGGACAGGUGGACAGACAAGAACGCCGCCGUGUUGUGUCGCCAGAAGGGCUUCGCGGACGGUCACGUCUUGGCUAGUGUCCCCAAGGGGAAGGGCAAGUUUUAUAUGUCUUCGGUGACAUGUAAGGGUACUGAGAAGUCUCUACUGUUGUGUAACAACACCGGUUGGGAGGAAGCUACGGACCCCGAGUGUCUUUCCCAUUCACUUGAUGUUGGCGUGGAGUGCUACAGACACAUUCGUCUCAGUCGUCAGAUGUCGGCGUCCACUGGGUUCGUAGAGGUGUACCAGAACGGGUCGUGGUUUGGACUGUGUGGGUCGGGAUUCACUGACGUCAGCGCCAGGGUAGCAUGUGGCCAGCUGGGAUACGAGAACGGGAAAGCGCUGCCCCAGGGUGGGUACGGCAAAUUCUACUUCAAGAUCGUUAGAGCCGGUCUUAAUUGUACCGGGGGUGAGAACUCAAUCCUCGACUGUCCCUACAACAAAGACGCCGUCUGCGCAAACCGAUACCAUGGAUACGCCGUGGUGUCCUGCUUCAAUGGAUCAGCAUCGCAAGACGCCAUGAUCUCGCUUCAAUCACGUGAGCCAGGGAAGACUAGUUAUGGUCGGUUGUCUGUGUUCCGGUACAACGUGGCCGGCCAGGUAUGCUCCUCCUUCUGGCUAGACACCAACGCCGACGUGUUGUGUCGCAGUCUUGGUUACAAGGGCGGCAGGGCUACCAACUACCACCGGGACCAAGGCGUACCCAUCGUGGUGACGGACUUCAUGUGUAAGGGCACAGAGUCCGCGCUUACAGAGUGUAAAGAAGAGAUGGGUAUCUGCUACAGUAACACUGUGGCUGGAGCCGUGUGUUAUAACCAGUAUGAUCUCAAGGUGAAGCUUGUAGGUGGCGAUCAUUACUUUGGACGAGUUGCCAUGACAAUAGAUGACGUGGAAGGCUUGGUAUGUGAUCGGAGCUGGGGUCAGAACGAGGCUGAUGUGGUUUGCAAGGAGCUUGGCUUCGUCAGUGGGGAACCCUAUGACGUGGCUACAAGUAAAGGCGAGGUGUUUCUGUCAGACGUAUACUGUACCGGAACAGAGGCCUCCCUCAUCGAAUGCCUGUCCAGCGGAUGGCGCUCCACAGACAGACAGUCCUGUGGGACCGGAUAUAACUCUGUUGGAGUGUACUGCUUCGGCAACGUGCGUAUCGUAGGCGGAAAGAAGACGCCGACUUUCUUGGCAGGACGGGUGGAAAUGAUUCCUGCUAAUAUGACACGCUGGGUGAGCGUGUGCGCCGACGGAUUUCACCAGACAGAGGCAGAAAUAGUUUGUCGGGAAAUCGGUUUUAGUUCGGCACAGGUCCUGGCUCCAGGUUCGUUCGGCUCCAUCAACUCCCUGAGUUAUGUUUCCAAUACGAAGUGUAAUGGAUCGGAAAGCUCUUUUCGAGACUGCGUCAGUGACACUCAAGGAAUAUGUGUGUCUCCCUCCUAUAACUACGCAAGCAUUCUUUGUACCAAGGCGGAUGCAGACCCAGAUACGAAGGUAUACCUGACAGAUGGGUACCAUGGAAUGGUGUUGGUAGAAAGGUACGGUAUCAACGGCACCAUCUGUGCGGAUGGCUGGGACGAGAGCGACGCUAAUGUCACGUGUCGGUCGUUUGGGUACGCAGGGGGCGUGGUGCUAGGUCCUCCCGAAGUUUACUCACGAGGUAUGCCCGUCUGGUAUACUGACUUCCAGUGUGUCGGUACGGAGAACCACCUGACUGAUUGUGAUGUCAAUACUUCCAUCCCUCUUAACUGUAUGCAGUCCAUCAAAAACGCCGGCGUUCUCUGCUACAACGGAACAGGCGUACAGGUUCGUCUUGCCGGUGGAAAGCGACACUACGGUCGCGUGGAGGUGUCAUACGACGGUACCUGGGGUACAAUCUGUGACUAUGACUGGACCAAAUAUGAUGCAAGAGUCCUCUGUAAGCAGCUCGGCUUUUCAGAUGGCCGAUCCUACAAACAGUCGUACUACGGCCCGGGUACAGGUCCUGUGUACCUGUCUGGGAUGUUCUGUGACAGUUCCGAGUCGUCCCUACUCUCUUGUCCCAGCCGGGGUUGGAACAAGGCCCAGUAUUACUGUAAACAGCACGGCCAUGAUGCUAGUGCCUAUUGCUACCGGCCAGUGAGCAGUGUCCCAGGGGAGGACUACGGUGGACUCCAGGUGUGGAAUAAGAACUCCUACGGUAUGGUAUGUAGUGACGGGUUUGACGACCUGGAUGCUACAAUGGCCUGUCGGGACAUGGGCUACGGUGUCGGGGUCAGUCUGUGCUGCUCAGCGUUCGGCGACGUGGACUUCAUGCUGGCUAGAACCAACAUCCAAUGUACUGGUCGUGAGGUCAGUCUAGCAGACUGUCCGUCUGAUAAAGGGGUUGGCUACUGUGAUAGCGGCACGUAUGCCUCCGUCGUAUGCUCGGACAAGGCGCCUUCACUAGGUUACGGCCUGACGCUAGAGAACGGUCACUUCGGGCGAGUACAGGUCAAGUACUUUGACCACGACGGUUACAUUUGCGCUGAAGAUUUUGACGACAAUGACGCCAACGUGAUAUGUAAACAGGCUGGGUUCCUUGGCGGCUUCAGCUACCUGGCUAAGACCAAAGAAAAGUGGGUUCUCUUCAGCAAGGACAUCCGCUGGCUAAGGAACCUCAAUUGUAACGGCACGGAAACGCACAUGGAACAGUGUGGGAAACUUAACUGGGGAAACGUCGGGAAAUGUUCACAAAAGAAAUAUGCUGCGGCAUUCUGCUAUUUAGAUAAAGACAAAGUUGGUCACAAACUAGAGUUGGUGGGUGGUAAAACACCGUCCGAGGGACUGGUCAAGAUCAAGAUCAACGGCACCUGGGGUACCAUGUGUGCCUUGUCAGUAGGGAAUUCGGAGGCCACGGUCCUGUGUCGUCAGAAGGGAUAUACGUAUGGAGUGUACCUAACCUCCAGUACCACGGUAGAUGAAGGCCCGGUCUGGAUCAGUGCCAUCACAUGUCUUGGUAACGAGUCGUCUAUUUACGAGUGUAUGGUGGAUUCGUUGGGUGAGGAACCUAUGAGAACUUGCUCGUCUCAUAAGCACGACGUCAGUAUCAAGUGUUACAGCAACGUGCGUCUGUCCGGAUCAGCCAAACUGUCUAACUACGGACAGCUACAGGUCUACAAUGGGACAGGCUGGUACUCCAUCUGUGACAAGGGCUUUGGUGAGCUGGAUGCCCGAAUAGCUUGUCAGUCUAUGGGUUACCAAGAUGGGCGUGCGCAAUGCUGCUCUGCACUUGGUAACAAGUUCCCCUCUGCAAGACCCGUUGGUAUCACUGACGUACAAUGUAUACUGGAAAACCGGAAGUUUAGCGACUGUAGCCAUAGCUACGGAACUUGUGAGACCGGCCAUUAUGUGACACUUGUCUGUUUGGAUAAUGACACAGCGAACUACAGCAUGGAAGCUCGCGUGCCAGAUUCCCUUUUUUACGGCCCUGUAGAGGUGCAGCGGUAUGGGAUUUGGGGGUCAGUUUGUGACACAGACUGGGACUACAGGGACGCAACGGUGCUUUGUAGAGAGCUUGGUUACAAGAGCGGUAACGCAUCCAAGGAGGCGGCGAGUUCAGACAUCCCAACGGUACUGGGCAGUGUUCACUGUAAUGGGACAGAGAAGAGGCUCCGUGACUGUCCUAUGACUUCCUUCACAGAUGACCACCUUUGUAAUGGCAGAAACACACGGGCAGCGGUCGUCUGCUCCAAAGAUAACGGUGGAGUCCAGUUCCGGAUUGGUGACGAGGUGGACGGAAGUGGUCGGGCAGAGUUACUGGUAAACGGUCAGUGGGGUUCUGUCUGUAACAGACUCUGGGACGACCGCGACGCCGACGUUUUCUGUCGACAGCUUCCGGACUAUGUUGGGGGCAUGGAGGUCCGCCCUAGAUUGGAAGCUGCGCGUGACGUGAGCAUAUGGAUGACGCAUGUCGACUGUCAUGGUAACGAAACAAACUUCCUCGACUGUAAGGCGUCCUGGGGCCUGUCCAAGACGAGAUAUUGUAACCAUGGGACUGACGCUGGUGUCGCAUGCUUCAAAUCAGUGAGAUUGAACCGAGGCAACUACAAAAAUAACGGUAUCUUGGAGGUGUACCAACAAGGAUCAUGGGGAACUGUGUGCUCGAGUGGGUUCCACCAAACGGAAGCCGAUGUGGCAUGUCGGAGUUUGCACGGCUACCAGCACGGUAUGCCAUUGUGUUGUACUCCGUACGGGUACAGCUUUCGGAACGUCGCUGUGGGCCGGUUUGAGUGUGGGGGACAGGAAAAUCACCUGACAGAUUGUAAUAAGACGCAGGUGUAUCGAGAGACCGGAUGUCAUUCUCAAGACUACACCUCCAUCGUGUGUUACAACGGCACAAGAACUAAAGACUACUCCAUACAGCUGGUAGGUAGCUCCUCAUACACGGGACAGGUGAAUCUGACUUACCUAGGAGUGGAGGGGAGGAUAUGUGUCGACGGCUGGGACGACGCCGACGCUAAAGUCGUAUGUCACGAGUUGGGCUACCCUAACGGCAUGGCCUACCACCACUACAAGUCCGAUCUUGUCUUCUUUGAGUACAGUGGCCCCUACUGGACCUCCAAGGUCAACUGUACCGGAAACGAAUCACGUUUAUCCGAAUGUCCUCAUGUAGCUUUAGGGCAGGUCAAGUCCUGCGUAAACAAUUCGUAUGCCGGAGUCCUCUGCUACAAUAACGAUGGUAUAUAUUAUGAGUUGAUGGGCGGAGACAACAGGUACGGUUACAUAAACGUGUCCGUGCGAGGUCAAUGGGGGACAAUAUGUGGUCGAUACUGGGACCGACGAGAGGCCGACGUCUUGUGUCGACAACUUGGGUACAGUACGGGCGAUCCGCGGUAUGGUCCCUACAAUACCAUGGCAACUGGGACGGUGUGGGAGGCCAACUUUCGGUGUCGAGGGAAAGAGGAUAGUCUUAACAAAUGUUCACACGAGGGUUGGAUGGUUAGUCAAUCACAAUCCUGUCUCAGUCACAAGGACGACGCCGGAGUCUUCUGUUACACAAACGUCAAAUUAUCUAACGGAUUUGGAAAGUUAGCACAUACAGGCGCAGUCAUGCUUUAUCGAAAUAACACGUGGCUGCGCGUGUGUGACACUGGUUUUAACGAUCAGUCUGCGCGCCUGGUCUGUCAGGAGCUUGGAUACACCGAUGGACGUGCAAUGUGCUGCUCAGCAUACGGUCGGACAACAGAACAGGUCCAGACCAACUACACGCUGCGGUGCUCUGGGCAGGAGAAGUCUGUUCCAGAGUGUUUGAGAGAAGAGAAGUGUGUGAGCGACCAAUACGCAUCCGUCGUCUGCUUCCACAAGGAGGAAGCCGGUAGUAUAAACGAAGGAAGCUACACGUUUAAGCUGGAGGACAAGAGUAAGGGUCAGGUAUUAGUGGAUCAUCUGGAUGUGCAAGGUCGCAUCUGUGGCUCAGAUUGGGACGACAACGACGCCAAGGUAGUCUGUCGUCGCCAAGGUUACCAGUCCGGCAUUGCAUACCUCCACGACGAGAACUCCGUGAUGGAGGCCAUGAGGGGGCCAUACUGGCUCAGUGGAUUCAACUGUACCGGGAACGAGGCUUCACUGAUCAACUGUCCCCACAACACACAGUUGUCACUAGGAAACUGCACAACGGCACACAUAGCGUCUGUUCUCUGCUACAACGAAACAGGUCUUACGUAUCGUCUAAAUGGUGGCGGAAAGAAUUAUGGGCGCGUGGAGAUCGCCAUAGAUAACACGUGGGGAACAGUGUGUGACGCGUACUGGGACAAUCGGGAGGCUAACGUAUUGUGUCGACAGCUCAACUUCACGGAAGGGGUGGCCAUUGCCGGGGCCGCCUACGGCAUGGGCAAGGGUGCCAUCUGGCUGAGCCAUCUUCAAUGCACUGGACGAGAAGAUAGAAUCCACCACUGUCCACACAGAGGCUUCAACGACCAGUUCACCGAAGCCAGCUGGUUACUUCCGGUCAUUUGUGACUCUCACAGAGACGACGCUUCAGUUUUCUGCUACCAGAACGUGCGUCUAAAUGAAGGUUACAACUCCCCAAUGGGUGGUCUGGAAAUUUACAAGGACGACCAGUGGUACGGUGUGUGUGACGAGGGCUUCACCAACUUAGAGGCGAAAGUUGCCUGUAUAAGCCUGGGACUGAACUACGUGGACGGACGUGCCAUAAACGGAUCGGCCUUCGGUAACCUGACGGGACCCAUAGGAUUCACGCACAUGAAGUGUCGUUCGGGUGCAACAGACAUAACAAAGUGCUAUAGCACGUCCAAUGGCACGUGCAAAAGCAAAAUGUAUGCAUCCGUGUAUUGCAGUAACACCACUGUCGUCGACACGGGUUUUAAGGUUCGGAUUGCCCCUGAUAGUCUAGCCAGCCAGGUUCAUGGUAUUCUGGAGGUACGACAGAACGGAAUCUGGGGCCGCGUGUGUAUGCACGAGUGGGAUGACCGGGACGCUAAUGUGGCCUGUAAACACCAGGGGUACGCGGGGGGUCUGGCAUACCUCCACAUCAUGAAGAACCGUCGCCCAAUCAUGUUGCGCAGUGUCCGAUGUAAGGGUACGGAGGACAAACUAACGGACUGUCCCCACAACCCACAUCCGGACCUCGACAACUGUAAUUUUAAUUCCAACGACGCAGGCAUACUGUGUUACAAAAAAACGGGUAUGAAGUACCGAUUGAAUACCCGUAGGCAGCAGCCUUCGUCGGAGGGUCGCGUGGAAAUCUUCUACGACGGUGUGUGGGGCACAGUGUGCUCAUGGUCGUGGCAGUCGGCCGAUGCUAAGGUAUUGUGUCGUCAGCUCGGAUACCAGGACGGAAUCGUCAGCUAUAACGUGGAAAAGUCACUGCCCCAGAUCAACCGGUGGGUGACCGGCUUCUUCUGUCAGGGCAACGAGAAGACGAUGAUGACUUGUCUUAACACUGGUUUUAACUCCUCCUUCCUGGACGAUCUCUGCAUGUUUAACGAACCAGGGGCAUACUCGGCGUGUUACAACCGUACAGUUAAACCAACAAGCAUUCAUCUGAUCGGCGGCCCGGAUAGGCUAUCAGGCCGGGUGGAAGUUUAUAUAAAGGGACCUAACCAGUGGGGCACCAUUUGCGAUGAUUUCUGGGACGACUUAGCGGCUAAUGUUGUAUGCAGACAGCUCAACUUCGCAGGUGGAAAGGCUGUGAAGGACGCUGCGUUCGGGAGAGGGACCGGACCUAUCUGGUUCGACAAUGUGCGUUGCCUUGGUAACGAGAGCACCAUUUUUGAAUGUAGUCAUCGAGGAAUAGGAACACACAACUGUAACCAUACCGAAGACGUGGGCGUUAUGUGCUGGGACCAUCCAUUGACCACCAUGAGCCCGCAGACUGCAAUGACAACAACAACAUCCUUACCCAAGACAACCAGAGCACCAACAACAACAGCAUUACCCAAGACAACCAGAGCACCACCAACAACAGCACGAACAACCACCACGACCAGGACAACACCAAGGACCACAACUAGACCAACGAUUCUACCUUUUUCUACCACAUCCACACCCACGACAACCAUCGUCACUACCACAACACCUAAACCUACCACUACCACAUCAACUACAACAACCUCUACAACCACCACAUCCACCACACUACCACCCUCCACAACUACCACUACCAUUACAAGUACUACCACCACCACGAGUGAACCUACCAUUGUUACUACUGAAAACGUCACUAUAGACCGGAACUUGACGGUGAGCCCCCACAAAUCUGAGCAGUCGGAAGUGUCUGGUGGCGCCAUUGCUGCGUUUACAGUUGUUAUUAUCGUCAUUCUCACCAUAACUAUACUGGCAGUGGUGUGCUUUGUUAAAGUCAGAAAGUUACGAAAAGCUAAAGUGCCACAUGAGCGUUUUCACGACGAUAUUAUCGAGCAUUCUCAGGAUGGCAGUUUAGCCAUGAGUAACCAGAUGUAUGAUGUAACUGUGCAGCCAUCGGCUAAUGGUUACCAUGGGGACGCACAGAAGGACAACAACGUCACGUUGUCCAGUAAUGGCGAUGCUGUUUACACAAAGCCUAGUGCUGGGCAGAGCGACUCCUCUCACGCAUUCGCCAAUCCUCUCUAUGAUCAAAUGAAAACCGAAAAUAUUUCUGGGAAUAAGUUAGAAGCUUUACCUGAAAAUAAAGAAUUAGAACUUCAUAUAGUGGACUCGCAUGCCUGAUAGUCACUCCAGGACUGACUAAUUGUUGAUUUCAUGUUUGUUAACAGAGUUGUGAUGGACAUUUGUUUACUUAUUUGAGUGUUAUUGUUUAAGAAUUCGGACCACUGUUACAUUGUGUGCUAAUGUGAGACCAGUCAGUGUUACACGUUUUCCCUACAUCAUAUAUUUUCAGAUUUAUCACCACUUGGCAACAUUGCACUGAGGUAUUGUUGAAGCGAGCCUAGCUGUCAGUACUAACUACUGCAGUCUCUGUUCCUGUAUAUAUUUAUAUCAUAAUAUCUAACUGAUUGUUAUUCACAGUCUCAAAUACGUCAAUAUAAAUGUGAUUUUCUUUAAUAUGUUGUUAAAUAUUAUAAUUUUAUAUCAUAUCUGCUUGAUAAAGGCACGUGUGUCGCCAUAGUGAUUGUAGAAAGUGUGUUUGCUGUAGUGUUUUAUGGGGAAGUUGGGGGAGUGAAAAGUUGUGCUAUGAAUAUAAGUUUAAAAGAAGUAGUUUUGCUGUAUUUUUCCUAUUACUCAAAACAAAUGAACGAAAAUACUCGGUUUUUUUUUGCGUUGAUUAAAUAAGCGAUAAAAUAUCCUCACGCAAAUUUUUAAUCUAUAGCUUAUAUUAAGUCCAAGCUAUAAAUAUGACUUUUCUUAGUUAUUAACAUAAUGAUGGAUUUCUUUUACAUAAACUUAUAGCAGUGAAUGAAAGCAAUCCGAUUUUUUAAACUUUUUAUAUCACUUAUUAUACAUAUAAGUGUAUCCAAUCGAAUUUAAAUAUUGCAUUAUGGUAAUAUAAAGGUCAAGGCAAUAACGAAACCUAAGCAAAAAAAUUGUUAACGAAUGUGGUCAAUCAUCGAAGUAAGCUGAACAAUGUUAUAACAUUGUCACACGCACACUAUAACUACAGGUUGUUGUUAUCUGUCGUGUCAUGUUUUCGGUUAAACUAUCAUAAUGUGCUUUUGUUGUAGUUGUAUAAACUAAAUAUUUUCUUUCAUCUCAUUCUGACGCUGUUCUUUCUCUGUGAUCAUGUAAUGAUACCAGUUCCGUACCAUUUUAUAACCACACUAGGUUUUGUUUGGUGUGUUGUUUCUAUGUCGACCACGGGUAAGCAUUAUUUUGAUUUUCUAAAACCAUUUUCACGUUUGAAAUGUUACAUUACGCCGUACAUUAUGUUACUAUGCAUGAGAGGUAAGUUUUCAGUGGAUACUGCUGAAAUGAUAAGUGAACCUAUUUCUUUGGUUGUGAUAUGUGCUCUUCAAACAUUCCAUUCCAUUUACAUAUUGUAUAUUAAUGGUAUGACUCGGUUUUUUCACAUCCUUUGUUCAUCAGUUAAUAAUUCCACAUGUAUUCAUGUAUUAUGUUUGAGAGGUGAACACUACUUUCACUUUGUUAUUGGAUCAUGUAUACCUUACAGACACGCACAUUAGUUUUCUAAUGCAAUUUCUACAUGAUACCGAUUUCUACAUGAUACCGAUUUCUUUUUCUUUUUCUUUGGACCCAGUUCCAGUUAAACGUAUUCCUUAAAUUUAUCUCAAUUGAUGAUAUGUACUUAUAGCGACAUUUUACGCUUUGCCGAUAAAGCUUUUUUGUUUAGACAGUAUGCAUUUGCCUACACACAACCCUAUCAUGUCUGCAGCAAGCUUGUGAUAUUAACUUAUGAUAAUGACUGUAACGAGCUUGUGAUAUUAACUUAUGAAUAGCACUGAUGACAUGUGUAAUAAACUAUUUUAG